GUCCCUCCCUGGGCCGUCCGUCCCGCCCCUCGCGUCACCCGUGUGCGCCACCUCCGCUCCGGCAGCGCCGCCGCUCCUCCGGCCGCGGCCCAGCGCGGGGUGAGCGGGGCCGAACGGGGCCGAACGGAGGAAGGUCCAUCAGUCUGUGUGUGCCCACUGCUCCUGGGGAGAUGUCCAACGUUUCCAGCUACGCCCUGCGCAUGGCCCGCCUCAGUGCCCAGAUAUUCGGCGACGUGGUCAGGCCCACGGACUCCAAAUCCAUGAAGGUGGUGAAGCUGUUCAGCGAGCAGCCCCUGGCCAAGAGGGACGAGGUGCACAACUGGUACCCCCCUCACAACACCUACUACGCCCUCAUGAAGAAACUCCGCUACUUUGGGCUCUACAGGGAUGAGCAUCAGGACUUCAAGGAGGAGAUGAGGCGAUUGAAAAAGCUCCGUGGGAAGGAAAAACCAAAGAAGGGGGAAGGAAAGAGAGCUCUCAAGAAGAAAUAGUGCUGCUUGAACAGUGUAACUGACUGCUCUGGAAAUGCUGGGGAAUGGCUGGAGAAGGCUUGGCAUGUGGGCUGUGUGUGGGGCACAGGAAACACGCUGUGAAAUUGUGGACUCCACCCUGGGAAUGCACUUGGCUCUUUGAAGUUUUACUGGUUUUGAAUUUCUAUACUUCAAAUAUACUGUAUAUUGCAGCAUAGUAAUAAAAGAAAAAGUGCUCAGUGUUUUUCUUGAAACCACCUGUAGCUGUUUCAGUUUUUCUUGAUCUGGAAAUUGUUUGCUUUUCAUUGUCUGUUUUACUUGUAUUAAUAUCAAUACUGUUUUAUGUGUGGCCACAAAAAAACAAGGAUUCCUGCUGCUGCAGCUGCUUGUCAAUCUUACCUUUACCUGUUAUAAUUAGUUUCAUUUCAGGUAACUCUAGUGCUAUUUUUUCAAGGUUUUUAAAAGUUUUUAAGUUUUUUUAAGUUGCUGUUGCAUCCUGUUGUUCUGUGCUUUUCACUCAACAAUACUUCCCAAACCACUGCCUGCCCACAGCACUCUCAUUGUACCCUAAACUUUUAGGUGCUACAACAGAAGAGGCUGAAAUGUUAACUAAAUCCAUAUAACAAUGGAACUAUUAUAUGCAAUAAUUCAAUUUUAAAUAUUUUUUACAGUAAACUUAUUCUGAUUGCUUGGAAGACAUGUAUGAAGCACUACCUAAGAUAAUCAACAUUUUCAUUAGGGGUUUUAUCACUAGGCUCCUUUGGUUGCUAAUAUUAAUCAUUGGUGGAUCUACAUAAAUUUGUAACAGCUCAACAGCUCUACCUCACCAAAGUUAUUAAUUAAAGAGGUACUGAUUGUGUUAAAAGGUGUUUCUGGUGAGCUGCGUGGUUCUUGUUCAGUGUCCUUACUUCGUGUUACCUGCUUUUCUAAGUUCUAAGAGGAGCUGAUUUUAGGAAAUCUGCAGUGUUGUGGGAGAAGCACCUGAGUUCUCACCACAGUCAAACAGAUGCUGUAGAAGUUAAUAUUUUAUAUGCACUGCUCUGUACUGCAGUGGUAAGUUUCUUAUUCUAAUUUAAAAUUCUAUUAGUAACUUGGAGCUUUUGCUCAACUGUAAUGUGCUUAAGCCAUUUUUGUGUUGCGUGUGUUGUCUGUGGGUUGUGACCUGUCUGGUACUGAAGUACCUGGAGCCUGUCGUGGCCCACCAGGAAGUUUGUGGUUCCUGGGACAUGAGCAUGCAGCUGAGGGGAAGGGUCUGCCUCCCUUGAACUCACCUUUGGAAGAAGGGCACCAUGGACUCACAUUCUGGGCAGGAAAGAGAACCACCCAAGUAGAAAAAUUGCUGCUGCCUGACACUUUCUGGUUAGGAGUGUGAGGAGUGAAAAGAAGGAUCCAUUCUGAACCUCUUCCGCAGAGCUACUGCAGCAGCUCUGCGCAGCUCUUGAUGCCUUCUAAAAUUAAAUCUAAGAUAAAUAAAAAUGUUUUCCCUGCUAUUUCAGAUGAAAAAUCAAAACCAUCUCUUCUGGUGCUGCAAAACUCUUAAAGCUUUCACAAUGUAAACAUGCAAGGGACCAAAAAGUGUGUGUGCAUCAAAAAGGGAAUUGUGGGUCUGUAAAGGAAGUAUGAAUGGCCUUAAACUUGGUUAUGAGUAACUUAUAGCAAUAUAUAAAAUACUUGUGCAACAUGAUGGAACUGAUAGAAGUGCCUGUGAAGUAGGAGAUGUGAGACAAAUGGACUGAAUCAUUGAUUUUCACCUUUUUUGUGCAGCAUUUACAAAAGCAAAUGGAUGGAGGAAAAUAAAGAACAACCGCUUUCUGAAAAAGUAUAACUACAA